UUGAAGGGUCCCAGUGCCGCGGAGGAUCAGCGAUGACAAACGAUGCCACCGAUGGUUCGGUUGCUGUGAAGCCUCGAAAGAAGCGCAAGCUUUCGAAGGAUGUGACGAAGAACAAGGAAUUUGCGGGUUCCAACUUGCCCCAGGAAGGAGCCCAGAAGCGCAGGAGACUGAAGACCGCGGCUGGGCCCAACGCGGCUCGGUCGAACAGACCCGAGAGCGGUGAAGCCACCGCCAAGGCCUUCCGGAGCCAGCACGCGAUUUCAGUCCGGGGAACUUGCCCAGCUCCUGCGGGAAGCUUCCAGCAAGCCAGAAGCUGCUUGGGGGAUGAUCUGGUGAAAGGGAUGGAGGAGCAGGGAUAUAGUGCACCCACUCCCAUACAAGCACAAGCAUGGCCCAUUGCAGUACGUGGUCAUGAUCUGGUUGCAGUGGCCAAGACCGGAAGUGGAAAGACCUGUGGCUACCUACUCCCUGCUUUGGCCCUCAUUGCUAAACGAGGCCCGACCCAAAGCCUCCAGCACAAGAAAGGUCUAGAUCAACGACCGCCGGCCCAACCCAGCUGCUUGAUCAUGGCUCCAACCCGAGAGUUGGUCCAACAGAUCGGCAAAGAGGCCAAGAAAUUCGCGGGCAUUGUGGGCGCCCGCGUUCUGGGCAUUUUUGGAGGUGUACCCAAAGGCCCGCAGGUCUCUGCUUUGCGCGCUGGCAUCGACAUGCUGGUGGCGACACCUGGUCGUUUGCGCGAUUUUAUGACAGGGGACCAGUCCAAGGCCCCAGUCGUGUUGGUGGAUUCUGUCACCUUCCUCGUUUUGGAUGAGGCUGAUCGGAUGUUGGACAUGGGCUUUGAACCCGAGAUUCGGCAGAUCAUUGCCCAGUGCCCCGCUGCCGGCUCAGCGCAAGAGACGUUAAGCGGGGAGGCACGACAGACGCUCUUCUUCACCGCCACAUGGCCUCCGGAUGUGCAACGGAGCGCACUGCACUUCACUCAUCAUGCUCUUCGAGUUGAAGUGGGACAGUCCAGUGGGAAGGGCGGUGGUGGUGGCCUUGCGACCAACACCAGUAUCAAGCAGACAGUGAAGCUGGUGAAGGAGGAGGAGAAGUUGAUGGUUUUGAAGCAGGUCAUCCGCUCAGACCUGAAGCCCGGGGAGACUUGCAUGGUCUUUACAGGUCGCAAGCAGACCUGCGAUGCUCUAGAGAAGGAGCUUACUUGGGAUCCCAUGCGACCGGAGGCACCGAUUUGCGCCUGGUGUCGAGCCCUGCAUGGUGACAAGGAGCAAAAAGAUCGUCACAAAGCUCUUGCAGCCUUCCGUGCCAUCACAGAGAACCCGCGCAAGGGUCAGAAAGGCGUCUUAAUCGCCACCGACGUCGCAGCGCGGGGACUCGAUAUCCCUGGAGUGGCCCUUGUGGUGAUCUUUGACUAUGCCGAAUCCUGCACAGCCCAGGAGGCCGCUGAGACCUACAUCCACCGGAUUGGACGCACGGGCCGGGCGGGCAAGGAGGGGCGCGCGAUCACCUUCUUCACCCCAGCCAAGGAUGUCGGAGCCAAGAAGUUGGUCGAGCUCUUACGAGCCGCUGGCCAGGCCGUUUCCUCUCAACUGGAGAGGCUUUCUUCGGCUGAAGCAGACGAGGUUCAUGAGCCCAGAAGAUCCAAAGCAGCUCCCAAGGGCAAAGGCCGUGGGAAGGGGAAGGCCAAAAGCAAAAGUGAGAUGCCAAAGAGCCGCCGUGGUAAGAAGCCAAAAAGAACAUGCGUCCUUCGCACCGGGGGGGUGCCCAUAUGACUCGUACGACGAGGGUCCUGAAUUGUACGGUGGUGAUGGGCACGGAGUCCGGC